AUGAAAGAGAGGUAUUUGAAAUGGAUCUUUCUUCUUGUCAUGAGCUCAGUUCGAAUUGGAAUGGGAAUAAUCUAUUCGAUUACUGGACCGACCUUGCCUGUACUUGCUGAGCAUCUUUGUCAGACGCCAGAUACUGUCGGAUGGAUAUUAGCUGGAAGAUCCGCUGGUCUCCUAAUUGGUAGUCUUCUGGCCCCAAUGGUCGACAAAACUGACAAGCUAAGCCACAUGUUUUUGCUGUUCAUCUCCGCGGCUGUCUGUGGCGCCAGCUUAGGAAUAAUUCCAAUUCUCACCGAUCUUUGGAUAAUGAUCCUCGUUAUAAGCGUUACAGGGAUCAUGCUGGGGUACAUCGAUGCUGCCAUUCAGGUCAUAAUCCUCAAGAUUUGGGGAUCGGUUUCCUCCGCUUCUAUAAUUCAACUACACCACUUUACCUUCAGCAUUGGUGCCUUCAUCGCCCCACUCAUCGUUACUCCCUUCUACGAAAAUGUGGACGACAAUGUGUGCGAUGCCGGAAGUGACCCAGGAGCAUGUGUUGGCAUUGGUGAUGAAAAUGUUAUCCUGACCCCUUAUUUGAUCGGAAUGGCCAUUAUGUUGACCGCUGCGGCUUUGGUCUUGUGGCUUUUCUGUAUCAAUAUUGUCGAAAAGAUCGCAGGCGACGACGAAGUAGAAUGUGAGACGAGAAAAGAAGACAAAUUUGGCACUGUUUGGGCAUAUUUCCUCUGCGUUACGAUUUAUUACUUCUGUAUUGUCGGAGGCGAAAACACGUACCAGGCGAACAUCUUUUCUUGGGCAGUAUGCACAGAUGUAAAGAUGGACAUCAAUGACGCAACGCUUCUCAACUCGAUUUUCUGGGGAGGAUUCGGACUCGGCAGAGGCAGCGGUAUCUUUAUAACAAGGUUCAUUACGCCUGGUGUUUUUAUUCUGAUCGACUUGGUCUUAAUCGGCAUCCCAUGCAUAAUUCUGCUAAUUUGGCCCGAAGAUCAAAUCGUUUUGUGGGUCUGUACAUUCUUCUACGGGCUUGGCACGGCAAGCUUCUAUGGCAGCGGGAUCAGCUAUUCGUCGAUAUUGACAAAUAUGUCGGGAAAGUGGUUUUUCAUUUUUGGCUUGGGAAAUGCACUUGGAAAUCUGUCCAUGCCUGUUUUAGGAACAGCGCUCGUCUUCAGUGAUACGCCUUACAACUUCCUCGUUCAAAUGUUUGCGAUGGCCGUCGGUGCAGCUGCAGCGUUUUUAGGAAUGUGGUUCUUUGGCUACCAAGCUUCUUGUGCAGGAUGUCUUCCAGAAGCUGUUCGUGCAAGGGAGGCCGAGUUAGAGGGAGGAAACGAGAAAGUGGAAGAUGUUCGGAAGUCUCAGGUCAGCCCGGCUUUUGAAAAAGAAUUGUCCGACACUGAAUUCUGA